UGAGAUUGCGGCGUCAAGCGCUGGGCUGAUGCGCUCUUCUGGGAUGGACCCCUGAAUCGAAUCUCCCCGGCACAUCAACAUUCCAAAAUUGCAAAUAUACUCAUCAAGCAGAAUGCGAUGCCAUAGAAACAUCAAUCAGGCCGCUCCUCUUUUCCAGUGACCCCUCGUGAGGCUCUACGGGAUCCUAUGUGACAAUGUCAGAACGAGAGACCUCUCCGCCGGCUACGUUCGCCGAAAGACACGUCAGGGCCAAACCUGAGCACCCAGGCUCACUAGCCUACUACACAGUGGGAUGGAUCUGCGCAUUGGAGGAGGAAUACGAAUGUGCGUGUCGGAUGUUAGACGAGGAGUUCGACGGGCCUGACAGCAUCGAGGAUAGCGACGACAACAGCUACGCUUUCGGUAGAAUCCAAGACCAUGGGAUAGUGGUGGGGUGUCUCCCCGCGGGACGCUAUGGCACAAACUCUGCCUCGCGCGUGGCGAGAGACAUGGUGAGAUCGUUUCCACAAUUGCGGUUUGCGUUGAUGGUGGGCAUUGGCGGCGGAGUCCCGACGCCAGAAACGGAUAUCCGGCUCGGAGAUGUGGUCGUCAGCAGUCCGCAGGGUGGACGUGGGGGAGUUGUUCAAUAUGAUCUAGGAAAACGCCUUCCUGAUGGCCAGUUCAAGCGGACUGGGCAAUUAAGCGCUGCGCCGAAUCAGCUGCUGUCGGUUAUGGGCGACUUGCGACGGCGAUACAAUGACUCCCGGAAGCCAGAUUCAAUCGCGGAGCAUAUGCGACUCAUGGACGAUAUGCCCGAGUACCAGCGACCAUUCCAAGACGUUUUAUUUCGCGCCGAGUAUCGGCAUCAAGGGGGAAAUACCUGUGACGGGUGUGGUCUAGCGGAAAUUGUACGGAGGCCUCAACGACGGGGUCAUCGAGUGAUCGCUGUUCACCAUGGGACAAUUGCGUCUGGAAACUCUGUAAUCAAAGAUGCUGCCACGCGCGAUUUGUAUGCCCACGAUCCAGAGAUGAAGGUUUUGUGCUUCGAGAUGGAAGCCGCGGGACUGAUGCACAACCUGCCUUGUCUUGUGAUUAGAGGUAUUUGCGAUUACUCGGACUCGCACAAGAAUGAUGAAUGGCACAGGUAUGCAGCCUUGACAGCUGCAGCGUAUGCACGGGAGCUUCUUCUGCUUCUUCAAAUCGAGGGGAGUGCAUGUUCGGCCGCCAUGGACUAACCAUUUCAAGGAUCAAAGUCAUGCAAGUGACAGGUCUAGUAAACAAGAUAGAUGAACAAACGUAUAUUGGGCGGCGAUCCGGGAAAGUAAAGGGACGUUACUGACAAUUCGCAGCGAGCUGUGUCUGAGCAUAGCGAAGCUCACCGAGGAGAAGAUCGAUUGAACGAAGCUUCCGGUAGCUGAUGGUGCAGCGUUUGAUGAGUAUAUAUC